CCUCAAUGCCAAUUGAGAUGAGGAAGAGUCUGGACAAAGAGAUUCUUAACUUUGUCAAAGAGCUGGGUGGCAAUUGUUUAGUGCCAACUCAAUUAGCCCUAUGGAUCAAGAAAGCAUCUGAAAGUGGAGAAUUGGACAGCGUUUAUCUUACUCCUGUUCCUACGCAAGCACUACUCUACCGGUACAAAAUUGUUCGCUCUGAUGAGGCAAAAGAAAAUCCACAAUUUCUGACUUUAAGGUUUGUAAAAUCAAGAACCAUUUCAAUAAAGAGAGCAAAAUUGGAGGUCUAUCCAGAGUUCUUCUUUUCAGUGCCAGAGGGGUGAAUGAAUUCUGGAAUUAUCGGAAUGAGGUCCGUUUUGUCCCACUCCACCUUUGGGUUCAAGAGUUCCAUGCCUAUGAGAGUUUGGUUCAAAUGCCUUUCUUUUCCAAAUUCAAAUUGAUGAAAUCCUUUAUGAAGUGGCGGAAAAUUAUCCGGAUUCAAAAGACUCACAUAGCAAGUCAGGCUAUUGUUGAGAGCUCUUGUCUCUUUGGAAAUCGUUACAUGUCUCAUUGUUUUGCCAAACUACACAAUCAUCUUGUUAUGUUGGGAACAAUGGGGAUCACAGACAUUCCCGAUCGGACUACAAAACACAUCAACGAUUUUUUCGCCCUUCAAAAAGGCCAGAUUGGGAAAUUUCAACAGAAUUUUGCAAGCUUCCGCGCCAGUUUAGUUAAGAUGAUUCUGGAUGCAUGUAAAACAAACUUGGGAGAAAAGGGUUUCAAGUUCGAAGAGUACCAAGACGAGUUGAAUUAUUACCUACAACAAAGAGAGGGCAAAGGCAGGUCAUUCAGUCCAGCUAGCGUGAGCCAGGAACUCGUGCCUAAACCUCGGAAGCUGACUUUCAUAGAGCAAGCCAAUAAACGCAAAUGCUGCCUUGAAAUGAUCCACUUCAUUCGAUUGGCAGACUUUGUUCUUCGACAAACCUUACAGAAACUCGUCUACAAUUCCAUGAUUGCCAUUCAGAAGGCAAUAAUCAAGCGUGGAAAGAACGAUCACAAUGAAGAGGCCAUGAAUAAUCCCAGCAGCCAUAGCCGAUCUGAUCAGCGUGGACGAAGUGCUCAAAAGUCUACAAGUAAGCCCGAAGAAGAUUUAGAGACCGAAAUGCCGCUUUUUUCGCUCACCGUCGGAGUGUCAUCGGAAAAGAUAUCGUACACGCCGGAUAUAUCUGUAUUCCUUGAGGUCUACCAGCAAUAUCUGCGGAAGCUGAAUGAAACGAUAGGAGGGGUCAGCUUGCUCCAGUCAGACCCUACCUUCUAUCCAUUCACGCAACCUAUCCUUUAUGGCCGAAAGGAAAAUUACAUCCCAAAGUUGGAAAGCCUCUUCUUUGAUGGUCAUGAUAAGACAAGCGAGGAUCUUUUGGGCGAGCUUAAGACCUUGACUGAAACGGGCUUUGGUCUCUGCGAUUCAAUGGUUGAGCCGUUGAAGGUUACUGCAUUUGAGUUUUGCAAAUCCAAAGCGAAACAAGAUACGACCGCGGAAAAAGUCGAGACAGACGUCGAGGUCUUGAAGUCAACAUUGUCUCAUUUAAAAAAGCAGCACUCCCUUAUCAAGAACAUUCACGAUUCUCGGCAUAUUUCGUUCUUUAAGGUGGAUUUCCGUUUGUUUAAACGAACCGUAUUGCCCAAUAUUUCCAGCGCCAUUACAAGACUUCAGGAGUCCUUGCCUAAAGUUGGUCGCGAAAAAAUGGAGGAUUUCAACGAGAGCGUGCGCCAACUCAAGGAGAUGAUCGAAUUUGAACCCAAAACGACCGAUGAUUACGUCCAGAACAUGGAUUUAGUCCACCGAAUGAACGAGCGUUAUGACUUGCUCGAGACUAAGUUGCAAGGCAUCGACAAUGUUUAUGGGAUCAUGAGUGAGAUUCCAAUCCCAAUCUCGCCCGAUGACAAAAGCAAUUUGAAAUCACUCAAAUCAACCAUGAACACAAUGGCUUUGAAGGUUCAAGAUAAGAUUCAAACCCAGGAAUCCAUGAUGAGCCUGUUUCAAGAAGAACUCGAGUUUGAGGAGAAGGUCCUGCGACAGAAUCUCAACGAAACGUUGAUGGAGGUGAAAAAUCCAAACUUGGUCGACGGAGACGCUUCAAUGGAGGAGAUUAAACCUUUCAUCUUCAAGAUUGACGCCAUAUUGAGACAAAUGCGAGAGAAAGUAGAGAAAUACAACAGUUAUGAAGUUACAUACGGAUUUGAAAGGAACCACUUCGAAGACUUGGAACAGGCGGAAACUAUCCUCGCAGCUUUAGAAACCAUAUGGAAGUGUGUGGAACAAUGGGAUCGACUCUACGACGAGUGGUCGUCCAUUAACUUUGAUCAGCUCAAUAUUGACGCCUGUCUCGCGAAAACGUCUGAAAUCAAAGAGAAGAUCGAUUCGUCAGGUUCCAUUUUGGGCUCAAAUACCAUCAUCAAAGAAUUAUCCACCAAAGUGGAACUCAUGUUGACCAACAUUCCUUGCUUGUAUGAGCUGAAGAAAUCGUCCCUUAAAGAGAGGCAUUGGAAGUUGAUCUCCGAGAUUGUGGGAUCCGAAAUCAAAGGCCACAAGAUAUCCUUAGGAUUUUUGGAACAAAGCAAAGUUUUCGGCUUUGCUCCUCAGAUCGUGAGAGUCGUCAAAACGGCAGAAAACGAAGAGAACCUGGCCAAAAUGGUCCACAAUUUGGAACAAUCUUGGACGGGUCAAAAGAUUCAAAUGAUCAAACGCCACGAGUGCCUAGUUGUCAAAUGUUUUCCUGACCUCUAUGCCACGAUUUCAAGCAGCUUGACUACGCUGAAACAACUUGGAUCGUCCCAAUACAGCGCAGAGAUGAAGAACCAGCUUCAAAAUUGGUUUGAAAUAGUUCACUCAGCCCAAAGAUUUGUGGACACCUUGAAGAGUGUUCAGACCAUGUGGGUCGAGCAAGUCCAACCGUUCUCCUCUUUGAUGAUUAUGGAAGAGUGUCCCAACAUCCACAAGCAGUUCUCUAUUUGCCACAAAAAGGCGAUGGAUUACUUUGACGAGCUCCACAGGGCUUCCUCACUGGUGGAGGCCUUUGCCAAUGGAGCUCUUUUAAAAAAGAUCCAAGAUUUGAAGUUAGAGUUUGAAUCGUUGCAGAUCAAUCUCGAUGUCGUGAUCCAUUCCCUAAGGUUGAGCUCACCCCGACUAUUCUUCUUGAGCAAGGCUGAAGUUCUUCGCGCAAUUGACAAGUCUCAAAAUGAUAUAAGAGCACUGGAACUGUUCCUUUUGAAAAUAUUCCCUUGGUUCCUACAUUUCAUUGUUCGCGAAGGAACAGACUGCAUUAUUACCAAGCGGGGAUACAGUCCAGAGAUUCUCGGGGUCAUUUGUUCCAACAAUGAGGACACUCUAUUCGUCGAGCCGUUGAAAAUUAGAUUGGAUCCAGACUGUUGGAUCAAAUUCAUUUCCAAUUCCAUGCGACAAGCCUUGAGAUCUGAUGUGAGAAGACUGUGCUCUAACUCACAGAUAAUGGGACAGCCAAUGCCAACACUUUUGGAACUGAAGGACCCUGGUAUUAACAUUCAAGUGGCUUUGAUUGUUCUGCACGUGAGUUGGUGCCAAUUUUUGAAACAGGAACCUCCGCACGCUUCCAAAUGGAACUCUAUUGAGCAGCUUAAGUCGGAUCUGGUCUUGGGAUUGAAAGCAAAAGGGAAUCCAUUAACUGUGCAAAAGUACAAGUCUCUUCUUCAACAAGUAUGUUACUACGAACACUUGGACUUGGAUGAGCCACUUCCGAUUCGCUUUUCAUUCAUUGACACCAGUGGCGUGGUCAAAAUAACGACCAAACGGAAGAGCUACAUUUUUGGAUACGAGAGAAGCUGUCAAGACCUUCUGUUUCAUCCUUUUCAUGCUCAAAACCCCGCCGUGGAACUCAUGGUCCAGUCAAAGGAUCAAAGCUUCAUGGCUCACUUGAAUCGCUCGGGAAACGCAGUGUUCAAAGAUUUAGCCAACAUUUGGGGUCGACCUUUUUUCAAAUACGUCCCUGGAUUAGGGACAAACUUUGAGCAGGAACUGUUUGGAACUCUUUUGCUGGGAGGAUGGAUGCUGAUUCCCAUGGUGAGGGGAAAAGACGAACAAUUACUUCUAAGAACACUCGUGAUGAAAUGGAGGCUAAAAAACCUCUAUCCUGGCUCUCAUUUGAAUCUGAAUGGAGUGGAACUUCGAAUGAAAGGUGGGACAUUUAUGGCCCUUCAGCGGAGAGAGGUUGAUGAGCAUACUAUGCCCAUAAAUUUGAGACCCAUUCAAAUCCUGAGACCGAGUUUGGAACUCAGUUUGAAAUGGGCUUUGACCACGAAGGGUUUUGGAUCUCCACUCUUUACUGCUGACCUUGGGUAUGUAAUUCGAGAACUGACUAAACAAGGCCGCACGGACAGCUUGAGAAAAUUCCUGAUCGCUAUCAAAUAUGCAACCAAGGACAACAUUAAUCACAUCUAUGACAACUUUCUGGACCUUGGUGGCCUUGAAAUGAUCCAGAAUCUGAGUCAAGAGACAACAUGGCCCUUGGAGCUGACAAAUCAAAUCGAAAAGCAAAUUCAGACUUCCCUCGAGGUUCGCUCAUCCAUGGAAGAGGAAAGGAGCUUGCAAAAUGGGGAUAUUUUGGCCAAGAAUUUCAACCUGCUGGUGAAUUCUCUAAAGGUGUCCAGCCUUUUGUAUUCAUCGGACACUUUUAGCCUCACCAUGAAACAUUGUUUGGCGCUGCUAGCCACAAAGCUCAAAAUUGAAGGCAACACCUACCUCCAAGUGUGUUUUGAAACACAACUAAGAAGAAGAGAACAAUUUCAGAUCAUAAGUGACUAUCUUCAAAACUUAAAGUGCUCCACGGUAGUCAUUGUUAUCCUUGGGCCACUGAAUCAGGACCAAGUGGAGCAAUUUGCCCGCCUCUGGAAAACAUUAAGGCACAUUAAGCUAAGGAUCAUUCUGAUUAAGACCGAAGUAGAUGCCACCUGUAGUGAGAUCCAUGAAAUGGACUCAUUAAGAUUCAGGGAAGAUCCAGCCUUUAUUGUGGGCUCUAUUCAGACUGGAACUCUUUCCACUCAAGUCACAGACUCGAUUGAAUUCGCCCACAUGGAAUGGUUCAAUCAAGUCAUUAUAGAAACAAGCAAUGCAUUGGUGGAACUCGUUGAAGAUUCGGAGGAUUUCAUUUUCUUGGAAACACUCAGCACCACGAUCGCUUGCUUGCUCAAUCAACAAAUGAACGACGUGCCCCAGACGAAACAGGCCUUGAUCCGUACCUUAUGUGAUGCCUUGUUCCUUUUGACUCAAGUGUCAAAAUUAAGACCUGCUUUAAGUACCAUUAGCCAUCAUUUAGAACAAACUCUCGGCAUCUGCCGUGACUCUUUUGAGUGGAAAGCUGGAGAUGACAUCUUUGAACGCAUCAUAUCCAAACAUCUGUUGCCUCAACUUUCGCUGGAAAAUGGAACGACAGAUUUCUUUGUCCCAACCAAGGAAAUCGACAAGGUGGCAAAAACUGCUGGGUUUCUUGUCUGCAAUCAGCGUAACGUUCUUAUUUUUGGGGACCGUGGAGCGGGGAAAUCCAUAGUCAUCGACAAAGUCUUGGAUAUUCUCCCACCAAAAACGAGAAUCCUUUUUUUAAGAAUGGGAAGCUCUGGAGACUUCACUUUCGAGGACGCAGCAUUGCAUAAAAAUCAAGUCACGACAGAUUCGGUAAUAAUUGUUCAAGGAUUUACUUUUGGGCAAUCUCAUCAUUUAUCAUACAUCAAAUCACUUGUCGUGGGUCGGUUUGUGUUCGACGAAAAUGCCGAAAAAUACGUGGAACUCCCAAAGGCAACCUUGUUGAUCGAGGCCAACGGUCCCGAAAAAUACAUCAAGCCGUGCUUAGAAGACCUCAGGCAUGAUGUGAUUGCAUUGUACUUUCGAAAGUCUUUUGAUAACGACGACCAGAUACUUUCUAAAGCUCUGGAGAUUUUUGCUCAAGAUUACUCUGAAGAGAUACAAAAAGAGAUCCAAGAGUUCAAAGCAUUCCUCAUUGGCUUUCACAAGUUCAUGAAGAAAAGGUUCCCUGCCAUUUGUGAUCACCAGCUUUACCGCGUGAUUUCGGGGAUGUACGGGGCCAAUCCGGAUGAAAUAUCCACUCUAGAAAACUUAGGCAUCCAUGUGAUGAACGAAAUCCGGGCAGAAUAUUCCGUAUUCUACCAACAAGCCGACCUCUCCGAUCUGGUUCAAGAGUUUUCGGCUUACUACCACCGAAAGUUUUUCGACUCCAAGACAACCUUUCACUCCAUGUUCUCAUCGAAUGAUACUGGAUGUCACGUGGAAAUGAAGGCCGAUCAUGACCUUGAGCGUAAUCUCGAGUUAUCCUACGAUCACAUUAAGGGGAAGCUCUUCAAUGAUCAAAUCGUGAUGACCAAGGACUUCAAGGACUACGUCACCCAAUUUUGUCGGAGCUUCCAACGUUUUCACACAACCUUGAUUAUGGGUGGCCAAUGUGUUGGUAAAUCUUCUUUAACUUUAGUGACGAGUAAUUUUUUGGAAUUGGACGUAAAACCUGUAAAAAACAACGAUAUCCAAGAUUUCAAAAUGAAGCUGGUGCAAGCGUAUAAAGAUGCCCUGUCUGAAAAAGAUACGGUUCUCAAAGUGGAGCUUCAAAAAGAGACUUUUGAGAGUGUCUUAGAAAUUUAUGAGGCAUUUCUUUUCUAUUUUGACAUUCCUGGCGCCUUUGACGCCCAAGAAAAAGAAGCCCAGCUAUACAAUUCAAAUGAAGAGGUAUAUGAGGCUCUAUGCAAUGCAACCAAGACAGAUGAAGCCACAAACAAUCUAAGACUCGUGAUUCAAGAACAAAUUCACGUCAUCUUUAGCUUUUCAUCGGAUCUGUUUGACACCAUUUCUUCACGAUACCCUUACAUGAUAUCCAAGAGUGGAUGUGUUUUCAUCAAAGACUGGUCGUUGGCAACGCUUUCAAGCAUUGCUCAGGAAAGAUUAUCAGAUGUCAAUGUCGGCUCAACUAUAAAAGAUCAACUCCAAGCAGUAUUGGUUCGUCUUCAUCAAGUGAUGUUGGAAAACGGCUAUCAAGUGACCACCACCCACUUUUUGGAUCUUCUCACGGUCUUCCCGAAGGUGUUUGUCCCCGAGUAUAACGCCAUGAUCCAAGAGCAUGACAAUUUGAAGUCCGGGAUUAGGAGCGUCACCUCAGCUAAUAGUUUAAUCAAUCAACUAUCCGGCGAAGUCACAAAACUGGAGCCAGAGGUUCACGACUUGGUCUUGGAGAUUGAGCAACUGAACAAACAGUUAACACAAGAAAAGAUGAAUUUGGACAGAGCCAGCAAAGCUUUCCGUCGAACAGAAGUGGCAGCUCGAAAGAAAUCGGAAGAGACCCAAGAACUAGCAGCCGAUGCACAUUGAAAUUUGGAACAUGCAUUG